GCAAGAAAGAGAGAGAGCGAGGGGGGGCGGCGAAUAGUCGAGAGAGCGCAUGCGAGGGAAUGAGAGAGCAACUGUGUGACAGAGGCGAGGAGAACGAGGCAGGCUGCUUAGACAAGUGAGAGAGCAGAAAGGAGGAAAUACGGAACAUACAUUACGAGAGCAGGAAGCGGGAGGAACGCAGACGGAGGACUCUUUCUCUGCUAGCCGCAAGGGGCACAGUCACUACUUUUAUCCAGCGGAGCGGACUAACCAAUUAGCGGAUUUUUAUUACUCGUCACCGCAUCCUUAGGAAACUUCCUUUGUGCGUCGCGCAAAGUGAGAGGGCUAUUUGCGAUCGCAUCUCGGUGCGGUCCCUCCUGAGCACAAAGUGCAUCUGUCGGCAAUCGGUGCCGAGGAUAUCUCCCCUCCUGUCAUACGAGACACCGUCGGAUCCGACUACAGAGAGGAGAGAGAGCGUGUGUACGAGAGAGCGUUCCAAUCGGUGUGUGCGUGAGAGGGAGGACCAUUAAAGCCAAGGCAAAAGUGAAAUCGCUUGACUAGAGGAGAGAACCCAGACCCUCUCCCUGUGUUCCUUUGCCAUUCCUUUCCUCCUCCUCUCUUUCCUCCUGUUCCUCUCCCAACAUUCCCAGGACCGCUUGAUUCUCUUGGCAACUUCUCCUCUCCAUCCUCUCCCUUAUCACACCUUAUCCGACACCCGCGGAAGACCAGAGCGCUACUCUCGGAUCGAGAACUUGAGGGAAUAUCACUUAGACUGACUGCCUUAUUACGGAGGCUCUGGACUACGUUGAGACACUCCUUUGCAGCAGACACUGCCUUAUCUCUGGUGAAUCCACCAGUGACAGCAGUGUGGACCAGGAAGAAAGGAUCCCUACAAUCUAUCCACUCCUACUCCACUAUCAGCGUUUGCUAGUGCGCAGAUCCCUCCCCCCUGUGUCACCAUUCCCUGCCUCAGUGCUAAGGAUUCCAGCUACAUGGGCAAGCGAUUGGAGCAGCAACCAAUGUACCCUCAGUACACCUACUACUACCCCAAUUAUCUCCAGACUAAGCAGCCCUAUGCUCCACCCCCUCAUCCAAUGGCUCCUCCCAGCCCCAGCACCAACAGCUGCAGCCAGGGAGCGGCAGAGCAGCUGAGUAAGACCAACCUGUACAUCCGAGGCCUGCCACCUGGGACAACCGACCAGGACCUCAUCAAACUCUGUCAACCGUAUGGAAAGAUAGUGUCAACAAAGGCCAUUCUGGAUAAGAACACCAACCAGUGCAAAGGCUACGGAUUUGUUGAUUUUGACAGCCCGGCCGCAGCACAGAAAGCCGUGUCGUCUCUCAAAGCCACCGGGGUGCAGGCGCAAAUGGCUAAGCAACAGGAGCAGGAUCCUACCAACCUCUACAUCUCUAACCUACCCAUCUCGAUGGAUGAGCAGGAACUGGAGAACAUGUUGAAACCUUUGGGUCACGUCAUCUCCACCAGGAUACUGAGGGAUGCUAACGGAGUCAGCAGGGGAGUCGGCUUUGCCAGGAUGGAGUCCACAGAAAAAUGUGAAGUAGUGAUCCAACAUUUCAAUGGAAAAUACCUAAAGACCCCACCCGGAAUUCCAACUCCCACGGAGCCGUUGCUGUGUAAAUUUGCCGACGGAGGCCAAAAGAAGCGCCAGAGUCAGAGCAAGUACCCUCAGAAUGGGAGGCCGUGGCACAGAGAAGGCGAGACUGGCAUGGCAUUAACAUAUGAUCCUGCUGCAAUGCAGAACGGGUUCUACUCUUCGCCUUACAGCAUCGCCACCAACCGCAUGAUUGCACAGACCUCCAUCACGCCCUUCAUCGCUGCUUCUCCCGUUUCCACAUAUCAGGUCCAGAGUACAUCAUGGAUGCCUCAUCAACAAUAUGUUAUGCAACCUACAGGUGCAGUGAUCACGCCAGCCAUGGACCACACUAUGUCCAUGCAGCCUGCCAGUAUGAUGGCUCCCCUCACCCAGCAGAUGAACCAUCUGUCCCUGGGCACCACAGGAAGUUACAUGACUGCCGCCGCUGCAGCAGCGCCUAUGCAAGGGACCUACAUUCCCCAGUACACUCCUGUGCCUCCAACAGCCGUCCCUGUCGAAGGAGUUGUGACAGAUGCCUCCCCUCAGACGGUGGCUCCCUCAUCACAGGAAGUGACUGGUCAGCAACAACAGAUUCAAGUUGAUGGUGCCACCGACCACGUCUCUGCUUACUCAUACCAGUCCAAAUAGCAACGGCCUGAGAGAAUGUUCCUGUGACAGCGUUGCCUUGAGACAUAAGGUGGCUGCACUGUGAAUGUGAGGGGGGUACGUACAGGAAGAAAAAAAAGAGAUUGCUUCCAGAUUGCCCAGGCACCAAAAAAGAGACACUUUUUUCAUUUUCUACCUGGUCACCUAGGGGGAAAAAACAAAACAAGGAAGCAAUGGAUGCUGAGAAAGAAUAUUGUUGGGCACAGUGCAAAGAAAUUGUUAAGUGUGAAAACCUGCCUGAAGGGCUGGGCUGAUGCUAGGAUUUUUUUCUCAAAAAAAAAAAAAAAAAAAUCUCAACCAAUUUAACAACAAAAAAAAGGAAAAACAAAAAAAAUGACACAAAAGAAGGGUUGAAUGUGAAUUUAUUUUGUAAUUAGAAACAGGCAGUCAUGUUUGAGAUACACACAGAGAUUGUCUUCCUCAGAUACUAAGCUACAAGUUGUUUUCAAUAUUUUUUAUGUUCUAGUGUUAAAUUUUAGUUUUCUAGAUAUAUUUGAAAAGUGUCUUUUUUUUUUUUUGUUCUUUUCUUGAAUCUUCAUGGCCUUAAUUUCAAGGGCGCCAGAGACUUUUUUGCAAGUUCAAGUCUGACGUCCGCUUCGGGGGAGAUUAAACAAAAAAAAAAGACAACAGAAACAUAAGCGAAUCGGUAUUUUUGGACCGCUUGGAAGGUCCGAGAAACUGGAAGAAUCAUUUAAAGAGGAAAAAAAAAUCUAUCACAUAAGCUGUACAGAUUUAGUAGAGAAAAUCUUUUUUUUCCCCCUCGUUUUCGUCACAAGAAGAAUGCUUUGAUGAUGAUUAUGUCCGAGGUAAAUACGUGUUAAAACAGUAAAUGUCUGUGGCGAAAAAGACUUGAGCACUGAAGAGAUUUUUUCACAAUGAGGUCAAAGAAAAACGCUUUUUUUUUACGCUCACCGUUAUUAUUUCCCGAGCAGCGUCGCCGUCAAUGACAUUACAGCUUUUUAUCUGCCACAUUUUACAUUUUUUAUGAGCUUUAAGAUGUUUUUAGCCCGCUUUGCUUGUCACGCUGCAAAUGUUAUUGAAAAAAGAGGACAAAAAAAAUCUAUAAAAUGUACAAAAACAUGAAAAAAAACUGGCAGUGAAACAAAAACAGUAGAGUAUAGGAGCUUAUGGUUGAGAUCAAUCAGUGCAAAAGCAAUAGAGGAAAUUGUUGACAAUUUCUGUAGUCUUUCCUAGUUGUGGAUCAAAUGCAGCCCAUGGAUGGCCAUUUUUAUACCAAAGAUGAAGAUACACUCUGAAACAGAGGUUUUUUUUUCCUGUCUCAUUUUUUUCUGUUGGUUGUUGUUGAUGUUAAUGAUGUUGUUGAUGUUGAUAUUGCUGUUGUUCUUGUUGUUGUUGCUGUUGCUCUUGUUGAUGUUUUUUUUUUAUUUGACCUCGAUGGCCGGACCAGUCCUUAAGAAUCCUUUCAUAACACAUGCGCACACACUAUGUCAAAGUUGAUGCAUGAGGUGGCACCAGUGGCAGUUUUUUUCCCAUUUUCUUUCAGUAUUUCAGGUGAUUCUAACGUCGUACAGGGAAACUCAUGUUAAACAUAGACUUCAUAAUAUAUUGAGGGGGCGCAGGGCCAAUUAAUAGAGGGCCUGCUUUAUUGGCGUGGCCCGUUAAAGCUGACCGAGUGGAAUCACAGACAAAAAGAGCUUUUUUUUUUUGUUUAAAAUUCUUGUGAAUAAAUGCUUAAAUCCCUGAAUUUGUGAUAGAUAUGGACGUAAGACAGUCUCAAUUCUUGUUUAAAAGCAAAAAAAAAAACAACGGUGCAGUUAGCAUUUAUUUUACGUAAAUAUGUCGAAGUACGAUGCUAGUCAGUCAAUGUGGCGGCCGCCAUAUGUAAACAGAGCUUUUCCGGUGAAAAUUCUUGUGAAUAAAUGCUGAAAUCCCUGAAUUCGCUAUAGAUUUGAACGUAAAACAGUCUCAAUUCUUUGUUAAAAGAGCAAAAAAAACAGGCAGUUAGCAUUUAUUUUACGUAAAUAUGUUGAAGAAUAAUGCUAGUCUGUCAGUCAAUGUGGCAGCCGCCAUAUGUGAACAGAGCUUUUCCGGUGACAAUUCCUGUAAAUAAAUGCUUAAAUCCCUCAAUUCUUUUUUGAUAUGGACGUAAAAAAGUCUCGAUUCUUGGUUAAAAGCAAAAAAAUAACGUGCAAUAUGUUGAAGUACAAUGCUAGUCUGUUAGUAAAUAUAGCUUGCUGCCACCUUUUGUAAACAGAGCUUUUGCGGUGAAAAUUCUUGUGAAUAAAUGCUUAAAUCCCAGAUUUUUUUUUUUUAUAGAAAUGGCUGUAGAACAGUCUCGUUUCUUGGUUGAAAGCAAAAAAAAAAAAAAAAUGUGUAGUUAGCAUUUUUUUUACGUAAAUAUGUCGAAAAACGAUGCUAGUCAGUUAGACAAUGUGGUGGCCGCCAUUUGUAAACAGAGCUUUUACAGUGAAAAUUCUUGUGAAUAAAUGCUUAAAUCCCUGAAUUCUUUAUAGAUAUGGACAUAUGACAGUCUCGAUUCUUGGUUAAACGCAAAAAAAAAAAUGCAGUUCGCAUUUAUUUUACGUAAAUACAGUGGGGAGAACAAGUAUUUGAUACACUGCCAAUGUAUCAAAUACUUGUUCUCCCCACUGUAUGUCAAAGUAUGAUGCUAGUCUGUCAGUCAAUGUGGCGGCCACCUUACGUAAACAGAGCUUAUCCAGUGAAAAUUCUUGUGAAUAAAUUCUUAAAUCCCAGAUUUUUUUUUUUCAUAGAAAUGGAUGUAGAACCGUCUCGUUUCUUGGUUGAAAGCAAAAAAAAAAAAAACGUGUAGUUAGCAUUUUUUUAACGUAAAUAUGUCGAAAAACGAUGCUAGUCAGUUAGACAAUGUGGCGGCCGCCAUUUGUAAACAGAGCUUUUACAGUGAAAAUUCUUGUGAAUAAAUGCUUAAAUCCCUGAAUUCUUUAUAGAUAUGGACAUAUGACAGUCUCGAUUCUUGGUUAAACGCGAAAAAAAAAACAUGCAGUUCGCAUUUAUUAUACGUAAAUAUGUCAAAGUAUGAUGCUAGUCUGUCAGUCAAUGUGGUGGCCACCUUACGUAAACAGAGCUUAUCCGGUGAAAAUUCUUGUGAAUAAAUGCUUAAAUCCCUGAUUUUUUUUAAAAAUAGAAAUGGACGUAGAACAGUCUCGUUUCUUGGUUGAAAGCAAAAAAAAAAAAUUGCGUAGUUAGCAUUUAUUUUACGUAAAUAUGUCGAAGAACGAUGCUAGUCAGUUAGACAAUGUGGCGGCCGCCAUUUGUAAACAGAGCUUUUAAAGUGAAAUUUCUUAUGAAUAAAUGCUUAAAUCCCUGACUUUAUAAAUAUGGACGUAAAACAGUCUCAAAUUUUAGUUAAAAGCAAAAAAAAAAAUAUGUAAUUAGUAUUUAUUUUACGUAAAUAUGUCGAAGUACGAUGCUAGUCAGUCAAUGUGGCGGCAGCCAUAUGUAAACAGAGCUUUUCCGGUGAAAAUUCUUGUGAAUAAAUACUUAAAUCCCUGAAUUCACUAUAGAUCUGAUCGUAAAACAGUCUCAAUUCUUUGUUAAAAGAGCAAAAAACUGGCAGCAAGCAUUUAUUUUACGAGAAAUAUGUUGAAGAAUAAUGCUAGUCUGUCAGUCAAUGUGGCAGCUGCCAUAUGUAAACAGAGCUUUUCCGGUGACAAUUCCUGUAAAUAAAUGCUUAAAUCCCUGAAUUCUUUAUUGAUAUGGACGUAAAAAAGUCUCGAUUCUUGGUUAAAAGCAAAAAAAUAACGUGCAAUAUGUCGAAGUACAAUGCUAGUCUGUUAGUAAAUAUAGCUUGCUGCCACUUUAUGUAAACAGAGCUUUUACGGUGAAAAUUCUUGUGAAUAAAUGCUUAAAUCCCAGAUUUUUUUUUUUAUAGAAAUGGAUGUAGAACAGUCUCGUUUCUUGGUUGAAAGCAAAAAAAAAAUGUGUAGUUAGCAUUUUUUUUACGUAAAUAUGUCGAAAAACGAUGCUAGUCAGUUAGACAAUGUGGCGGCCGCCAUUUGUAAACAGAGCUUUUACAGUGAAAAUUCUUGUGAAUAAAUGCUUCAAUCCCUGAAUUUUUAUAGAAAUGGACGUGAAACAGUCACGAUUCAUGGUUAAAAGCAAAAAAAUAACGUGCAGUUAGCAUUUAUUUUACGUAAAUAUGUCGAGGAAUGAUGCGAAUCUGUUAGAGAAUGUGGCUGCAGCCUUACAACAAAGAUCUUUUUACGUUGAAAUUUCUUGUGAAAAAACAAAAAAUAUAAUAAUUACCUUGAAUCCUCGAACAAAUCACUCCUGAGACAAUCCUUCCUGUUUGUAUGCGAUACAGCUUUAGUAGUUUUUUAACAUAAAUCCCGCGUUGGAUCGCUGCAUGUGUCGCUGCGACCGACUGUGAAUAACUAAAGCAGAUUGUGGGAUGGCCCCCUACUUGAAGGCAUGGUGCAGUGAAGAUCAAAUCUGACCCGUCAAUAUCAUUAUGAAGUCUGUGUUAACCGAUUGGGAAAUGUUGCUUACAAUGCCCUGCUCUUGCCUCCCAAAAAAUAAUAGUUUCAACUUUUCCCCUAUGUUCUAAAAUCAACUGUUUAUUUCCAUAAUGAAUUUUGUUUAAAAUCUUUAGUCUCUGUUGUUGUUACACAAACACUCCAAUGAAUGAGGGUUAUUUACUGGAUUCUUUACAUCUGAUAAAGCACAGUUCAAGAAACAAUUUUAAUCAAACAUCUAAAUUCAAUGAGUUCUGAAGUCUUUAAAACAACAAAAGCUCAAAACACUUUUCGACACAUUAGUUUGUAAAUAGUUCGUGUUUGGAUGGUGCAUACUAGAGUCGGGGUUUCCCCUAUAAAUUAGAGAUUGUGGCGCACCGCCACACCAAAAUAAAAGCCGCCACGCAUUGCAAAUGAGAUGUUUUUUUGUUUUGUUUUUAAAAAAAAUUUAAGGCCAUUUCAAACCAGCGGUUCUAAUGAUAAAAUGUCUGAUUGAGUGCUCGUCCAAGACCGGUGAUUCCAUACUUUUUGCUCGGGGUUAUAAAAUGUCACACAUGAUGAACAUAUGACGGAAACUUUGGCACAUUUCUGGCAUUCGUCUUGUUAUGUUUUAGUCACCAAAAACACAUUUUUUAGCCCAUUUUAGUCCUGUCAUUGUCUUAAAAAAAGCAUUUAUUGACAAAAUAUUUUCGUUGUCAUUGUUGACGAAAAUAAUACUGGUCACAACCUACAUUGAAACCAAUAUUGUGAUAAACAAAGCUAUUCAUCUAAAAGCUACAUAAUGUUCCAAUUUCAUCAUCAUAGAGGACUACCAAGACUGCACACCACCCACGACCUUAUAUGUCCCUGCUUCAGUGACACAACUAAUGUGCAAAGGCCAAGAGAGGAUCCUUUGCUCUAAUUUUCCUUUCACUGUCAUUCCCUCCCUAGUGCCCCCGCUCAUGCCCUCUUUGAGUUUUUUCUUUCUUUAUUUGGUAGUGCAGAAGCAGAACCGCAAACCAAUUUCAGUCAUCCUCUCAAUGAGGCUUGACGGGUCCAAUUUGUCUCCCUCUGGGACAAUAGGAUCCACUCCUGUGUCCCUCAAGAUAACAAUUUCUUCCAGAAAAAGAAGGCGCAUUAUGUUUGGUGAUGAUCGCAACAGGAAACGCAGGAAACGGCAAAACGGAUUUUGCCAUGUGGCAAAAUGGAUUUUGCCAUGUGGCAUUAUUUUUUUUGCCAUGUGGCAAAAUUAAUUUUGCCAUGUGGCAUUUUUUUUGCCAUGUGGCAAAAUGGAUUUUGCCAUGUAGCAUUUUUUUCCAUGUGGCAUUUUUUGCCAUGUGGCAUUUUUUUGCCUGGUGGCAAAAUUGAUUUUGCCAUGUGGAAUUAUUUUUUGCCAUGCAGCAUUUUUUUCCCAUGUGACAAAAUGGAUUUUGACAUGUAGCCUUUUUUUUUGCCAUGUGGCAAAAUUGAUUUUGACAUGUGGUAUUUUUUUUUCCAUGUGGCAUUUUUUUUUGCCAUGUAGCAUUUUUUUUGCCAUGUGGCAUUUUUAUUUUUGCCAUGUGGCAAAAUUGAUAUUGCCAUGUGGCAUUUUUUUUGCCAUGUGGUGCCAUGUAGCAUUUUUUUUUUUUUUUUUUUGCCAUGUGGAAAAUUCAUUUUGCCACGUAGCAUUUUUUUUUUUUUUUUUGCCGUGUAGCAUUUUUUUGCCAAGUGGUAUUUUUUUUGCCAUGUGGCAAAAUGGAUUUUGCCAUGUAACAUUUUUUUGCCAUGUGGCAUUUUUUUUGGCCAUGUGGCAAAAUUAAUUUUGCCAUGUAACAUUUUUUUGCCAUGUGGCGAAAUGGGUUUUGCGCUGUAGCAUUUUUUUGCCAUGUGGCAAAAUUGAUUUUUCUAAUUAGUAUCUUUUUGCCAUGUGGCAAAAUGGAUUUUGCUAUGUGGCAUUUUUUGGGCAUGUGGCUUUUUUUUUUUUUUUUGCCACAUGGCAAAAUCCAUUUUUUCACAUAGCAAAUCCCACUUUUCGUUCUCGACCCUGCUGCACUUUUGUGUCCGCAGUUACAUUCGUUGUUCGUCCCCUCCCAGUCAAAUAGAUUGGACAUCUAGCACUCUCAAUGGCAGCCAAUGAGUUAACAAGGAAGUGGCCUAAAACCAACAGGAAGUGACCAGGAAAUGGUACAAAACUGACAGAAAGUGACCUGUAAGCAUCUUAAAAUUAAUGUGACACAACUCAUUGCCUGCCAUUGACAACGAUCAGUGUUGUUAAUCUUUAAAGUACUUAGUUACAAAUGACUUCUCCCAAAAAAGUAAUUGAGUUAGUAACUCAGUUACUUCAUUGUAGGAGUAAUUAGUUACUCAGCAAAGUAACUGACAUUACUUUUCAUGGUCCUGUUCUGAUCGCUCUCUGGCAGGCAGCUGUGACAAAAUCAGACAACUUUCGAUCAUUCAACCAAAUUGUAGUAACGUGCCCCUUCCAGAGGUUGCGUUAGACAUUUUCGUUGUCUGUCAUUUUGACAGACAGGGUCAUAAAAAUCCGGUCAUAAUCCAUUUUUACCCGUCACUUAAAUUUUUAAAAUGAUAAUGAUGACAUAUUCAAUCGUAUUUAGUUUACGUUCAUUUUUAAAUAAUAUUGUAAUAGACACGGAAGUCGUGGUAUUUUUCUCCCUCUUUUUACUCUGCUUACCGUCAACAACACCAACAAAACAACAACUCCGCCCCCAAAGAAAAAGAGGCAACUAUAUAGACCCCAAUCACCAACGUCACACAAUGAUCUUAAUUGUGGUUGUCAGCCCAAAAUCUUCUAAAUAUAUAUUAAAUGCAUCUUACCAGAUAUAAAAUGACUACUACAUAGUCUGUGGUGAUCGUUUGGUGCCCAGAUUUCUUGUCAAAUUACAGCAGUCCAUCUUGCUCUCCUCUUCGGGUCUCUCAGAAUACGGUAGAACUUCAAGUCUCUCCGUCUAUCUUCUCUGUUACUGCAACCAACCGCCACACACGCCUUCACCAUUUUGAUUAUUAAUGUUAACGAGCAGAAAAACACACCGUAAUAGGAGGCAUGUACGUAGCGGUAAUGUGUAAACACGACGAGCUGACACGCAAUAUGGCGGCUCCAGUCAGGGGGGCGGAGUUGUGACGUCAUGUGAUUGGGGUCUAUACACAGGCGGCAAUCUAGUCCACCAAUUGGAUGACGCGCUGGCACACCGGGUGCACCAAUAAGAACCUCACGUUGAUGUGUCAAUCACGGUGCCGCCGCCAGACCCCGGUGACGCUACAAUAUUCUGACAGAAUAGCCAACGACGUCAUGCAUUAAGAGAGACAUAAGCUAAUUAAUAUGCUCACUCGCCACCCUGUGGUCUGGGGUGUGAAUUGCAACCUGUCAAAAUGACGGACGGACUUCAGUUUUUUCCGUCACCGUUUUAAAAAACCGGUCAACGACGGAAAAUAUUCGGUUAACGCGACCCCUGCCUUCACGCGGUAACGGCGUUGCGAAGAUGGGAAAAGUAAUUAAUUACACUACUCAAUACUAAAAAAAGAUAACGCCGUAUAAGUAACGCCAUUAUUAACAACACUGACAACGACAGAUGUCAUAUUCGCUGGAAGAGAAUUGGAAGGAAUAUUGGAUGGACUGAAUGUGAAUGAUCAUCUUUUAGUGCCAAUGCCAGCCAGUGAGUGAACUUAUUUGGCCAAAAACAUGAGUUCUAAUUGCCAUAAAUGUGGCCCACAAACCAAAAUGAAUUUGACACUCCCGUAUUAAACAGCCUCACUAUUUCUUGCCUUUGCUCAGUUUCCAUUCCUCCAUACUUCAACUCCUUAGUCUCUUAGCUCCUCGUAACGUUCAAUCAAAUCACUCCGUGUUUGCUCUCGCUUGACCUGCCACUCACCGGCCAAACCUUGGCUUUACUCCCUAUAAAAUUCCGACACAUUACAACUCCCCGGUCUCACUUUUAUUUCUUUCCUGUCAUUUCUUCAUCUCCUGUGCUCGCAAGGUGUUGUUUUACCGAACAAUUCCGUUUAUCAACGUGGGUAUGGCUACGGCGUAGCUAUAAAGUUCUCCUGACGUGAAUUAUCCAAAUAGGACUCAUAAUACAGAAUGUGCACAUUGGCGAGUAUAGCAAUUCCCAGAAAUGGCCUGAGAUUCAAUAGUAAUGAAAUUAUGAAAAAGGAAAGGAAAAACAGCACAAAUAGGAAGACAUGCAUCAUUUGGGCUAAUGGCGAAUCAAUGCAGAGAAAAAGGCAUGAGUUCGCUCCUGGUACACAUUUAUUAUAGUUCCCCAUAGACCUGAAAUAUGACUGAGCUAAACAAACAGAAGUGAAGUUUUCUUAAUGGCGCGCUUGCUGCAAAUGGUUUCCCAUUUACAGCAGUUUUUGUCAUCUUCCUCAAAGCGCCAUCAUCAUCAUUCAUGCAUAAUUUGAACACUGUCCAGAUAGACAAUGUACAUUGGAUUGUGUGUACUAUAUUGUAUUCUAAACCUGUUUAUUGACUGCCAUCUACAGGUGGAAACUUUGUACUGGCAGUUGAAUUUGCCAUUCAAGCAAGUGCGACUGAGUCAAUUUGACAAUACAUGAACUGGUUCCAUUGUAUUGUCUCAUCCCAAAUUUUCCUUGAAAUUUCAACCGGCAGAAUGUAGAAUAGAAUAAUAUUUUCUGUGUGAUCUGUGUGUAAACUGGCAGUAAAUGACCCUCAUUUGCUUUUCUGUAAAAGAUCACAUUAAGAAAUGUUAGGAAAGGCAACCAAAUUUUCUGUGCACACGGGGAUAAAAUUGCUUCUAUCAAUCUGUUAAAGGGAAGGACAACACCUCGUAAAAGACAUUUGCUCAAAGUAUUCAAGUAUAGACCAUGUGAUAAUGAGUAUUAAUGAUGUUGUGAGGAAGGGUGGGCAAUUUGGGACACUUGUUAGAUUGGAUAAAAUUAGGGCUGUCAAAAUUAUCGUGUUAACGGGCGGUAAUUUUUUUUUUUUUUUAAUUAAUCACGUUAAAAUAUUUGACGCAAUUAAGGCAUAUGCCCCGCUCAGACAGAUUUAAAUGACAGUAUAGUGAAAUGCCCACUUGUUAAUUGUGUUUUGUGGAGUUUUGCUGCAUUCUGCUGGCGCUUGGGUGUGACUGAUUUUAUAGGCUUCAGUACCCAUAAGCAUUGUGUAAGUAAUUAUUGACAUCAACAAUGGCGGGCUACUAGUUUAUUUUUUGAUUGAAAAAUUUAUAAAUUUUAUUAAAACGAAAACAUUAAGAGGGGUUUUAAUAUAAAAUUUCUAUAACUUGUACUAACAUUUAUCUUUUAAGAACUACAAGUCUACAAAUCCAUGGAUCGCUUUAACAGAAUGUUAAUAAUGUUAAUGCCAUCUUGUUGAUUUAUUGUUAUAAUAAACAAAUACAGUCCUUAUGUACCGCAUGUUGAAUAUGUAUAUCCAUCUUGUGUCUUAUCUUUCCAUUCCAACAAUAAUUUACAGAAAAAUAUGGCAUAUUUUAUAGAUGGUUUGAAUUGUGAUUAAUUGCGAUUAAUUCAUUUUUAAGCUGUAAUUAACUCGAUUAAAAAAUUUAAUCGUUUGACAGCCCUAGAUAAAAUAGUACUGCUGUUGAUAAAAUGCCUGCCCCCAUGUCAAGAGCCCAUUUGAUAGAAAUAUUGGCUUUUAUUUGUUAGUUUUUGUAGGUGUUGCCUUUCCCUUUAAUAAAAGGAAAAUUGAAUGAAAUGAUUUUUUUUAAUUAGAAAUGAAAACAAAACAUUGCUUCCAAAAUGUGUUUCAAUUGAAUUAAUUUUUUUAAAAGAACUUUUUUAACAUAUACAGUGAGGAACAGAAGUAUUUGCACCCCUUGUGAUUUUGCAAGUUCACCCACUUAGAAAUGGGGUAAAGGUCUGAAAUUUCAUUUGUAGAUGCAUUUCCAAUCAUAGAGACAUAAUAUUGGGAAAAAAUACCUGGAAGUCAAAUUGUAUGAUGUUUCAAUAGUUUAUUUGUAAUUUACUGGGGUUCAUAAGUAUGUGUACCCCUGAGAUUAUCAGUGCUAAUAUUUUGUGCAGAAGCCUUUGUUUGCAACUACACAGGUCAGACAUUGCUGAUUCUCAGGGGUACAAACACUUGAGAACCCCACUAAAUAAUUGAAAAAUCAUGAGUUUCUGAUUUUUUUAGAUUGUCUCUAUGAGUGAAAAUGCAUCUAUGAUUGAAAUUUCAGAACUCCACCUAUUUUCUUAGUGCGUGAACUUGCAAAAUCACAAGGGGUGCAAAUACUUCUGCUUUUCACUGCAUAUUUUAUCCCCAAUGUUAAAUAUGCUAUUGUUUCAAUGUUUUGUUUUAUUUAUUUUUAGCACACACAAAAAGCAUGUACCAACACAUUUUUUUUUUUCUCCCCAACACCAGUGGGUGUUGCAGCACCCUCAGGAGCCCACUUCCCGCACCACUGAUGACAUCUGUCAUAAGCAUUCAUUAAUGCUAGAUAGUGUCUUAUGAAGCAAGGGUGUAGGUUUGGUCUCAACAUCGGUAGGGAUGGUAUUGACUCAUACUAACUCAACUUUCAUAUGUAUUCAUCAUAAGCGGAUUUUAAGGGGGGGGCAGGCCCCCCGGUGGCCGAAAAGUGUCAUUGCAUAUAAUUGACUUUCCUAAGUAUAUAUAUAUAUAUAUAUAUAUAUAUGUAUUAGGGCUGUCAAACGAUUAGAAUUUUUAAUGGAGUUAAUUAUAGCUUAAAAAUUAAUUAAUCGUAAUUAAUCGCAAUUAAUCGCAAUUCAAACCAUCAUAAAAUAUGCCAUAUUUUUCUGUAAAUUAUAUAUAUAUUCUGUAAAAUAAUUUGUUGGAAUGUAAAGAUAAGACACAAGAUGGAUAUAUGCAUUCAACAUACGGUACAUAAGGACUGUAGUGGGCAUUUCACUCUACUGUCAUUUAAAUCUGUCUAUGCUCUCCUCACUCUGAAGCGUCUACUUUUUCCAAAGCUAGACAGCUAGUGAACGACGCCUUAAUAAUCAGACUUCUUCCUUUUUCAUCUAAUUUAUUAAUAAAAUGGCCUCAAACCACUGUCCUUUUUAGACCGUAGUGAAACUACAAAAAAAAAAGUCCACAAGCAUUGCAUUAGCAACAACGUUAGCUUAGCACGCUAUACAGGUUCACUAAACAUAAACAAAAAGCGUCUCAUACAAAAAAUAUAACAUUUCGCUUACAAACAUAAUAUGUACAUUCUUUACAACAACCAUACUGACGGACAAAUCUUGUCCAAGGAUCAUAUAAGCACAACAUUACAACGUAGGCGUCAGCCCGAGACGUCGUGCAGCCAUAUUGAACUGGCAAGAAAGCAAUAAACCAUGUCGCAAAGCAACCACAAGCGUUCGCUGUUAGACAGCACAAAAAACCUUGCUGUAAAUAUUUCCAAAAGGCAGAAUACUGUCUGAGCGGGACAUGUGCGUUACUUGCGUCAAAUAUUUUAACGUGAUUAAUUUAUAAAAAUUAAUUACCGCGCGUUAACGCGAUAAUUUUGACAGCCCUAAUAUAUAUAUAUAUAUAUAUAUAUAUGUAUAUAUAUAUAUCCACAG